AUGAGUUCCUCACAGCGAGUUGUUAUUAUCGGAGCCGGCAUCGUCGGUACAAAUAUCGCUGAUGAGCUGGUCUCGCGCGGAUGGACCGAUAUCACCGUGGUCGAACAGGGGCCUCUGGAUAUGCCAGGGGGCUCAACAUCUCACGCCCCCGGCCUCGUAUUUCAGACCAACGGUUCCAAAACCUUGAGUUAUUUCGCCAAAUACACAGUGGAAAAGCUUUUGUCCUUGGAGUGCUUCAAUCAGGUGGGUGGCCUAGAGGUCGCCGAGACUCCUGAAAGACUCGAGGAUCUCAAGCGGAAACACGGAUAUGCAUCAUCGUGGGGUAUCGAAGCACAUCUCCUUAGCGCCGAUGAGUGCCAGAAGAUCUGCCCCCUCUUGAACAAAGACAUCGUGCUCGGCGGCCUGCACAUUCCCACCGACGGCUUAGCGCUGGCCGCCCGCGCGGUUCAGCUGCUUAUCGAGCGCACCCGGAAGGCCGGAGUCCGGUACGUGGACCGGACCCCAGUCACCGGCAUCGACCAGAAGGACGGACAUGUGACCGGAGUCAUUACGAAGAGCGGAACAAUCCCCGCCGACAUCGUUCUUUCAUGCGCUGGUUUCUGGGGAGUUGAGCUGGGAGCCAUGAUCGGCCUUCCUAUCCCUCUUCUGCCGGUUGGUCAUCAAUAUGCGAAGACGACCCCCGUGCCCGCGCAAAAAGGGAAGAAUUCCGAGCCGAAUGGGGCAAAGCUGCCUAUUCUUCGGCACCAAGACCGCGACCUUUACUAUCGCGAGCACGGUGAUGCGUACGGUAUUGGCUUUUAUGGGCACCGGCCGUUGCCGGUCGUCGCCGCUUCUCUAGGCGAAACCCCGAAGCAUGUCGACGAGCACAACAUGCCGUCGCGUAUGGACUUCACCCCUGAAGAUUUCAAGCCGGCAUGGGAAUUGACGCAGAAAAUACUGCCCGCGUUGAAGGAGACUGAGAUCGCCUAUGGAUUCAACGGCAUCAUGUCUUUCACCCCCGAUGGAGGACCACUCGUCGGAAGAGCGCCCAAUCUCGAGGGUUUCUGGGUGGCUGAGGCAGUGUGGGUGACGCAUUCUGCCGGUGUUGCACGUGCAGUCGCUCAACUCUUGACCACCGGCAGAGCCGAGAUCGACCUUUCCGAGUGUGACAUCUCACGAUUUGAGGAGGUUCAACUCACUCCUGCGUACGUCAGUGAGACCUGCCAACAGAACUUUGUUGAAGUAUACGACGUUCUGCACCCUCUUCAACCGCGAGAAUCACCACGGAACCUCCGUGUCAGUCCUUUCCAUGCCCGCCAGCGCGAGCUCGGCGCCUACUUUCUCGAAGCUGGGGGAUGGGAGCGGCCUCAAUGGUAUGAGUCAAACGCGAAGCUUGUCAAGCAGUUGCCGGAUAAGUGGAAGCCAAGAGACCGUGAUGCAUGGUCUGCCAGGUAUUAUUCUCCGAUCGCUGCUGCCGAGGCAUGGAGAACGCGCACGUCCGCGGCCAUGUACGACUUGACUCCCAUCCGCCGUAUUGAGGUCUCUGGACCGGGAGCCGUCGACCUUCUUCAGCGGGUAACGACUAGCGACGUCUCCAGGAAGCCUGGCACCGUGACUUUCACACUGCUUCUGGACGAGAAAGCUGGAGUAAAGAGCGACAUCUUCGUGGCCCGGCUGCUUCAAGAUGUUUUCCAACUUGCUGCAAACGGGCCGAUCGAUCAAGCCUACCUUUCCCGCGAAGCUCGUCUGCAAGCCGAGAAGGACCCAAGUAAAUGGGUUCAAGUACGCGACGUCACCGGAGGAACUUGUGGCAUCGGUCUUUGGGGCCCUCGAUCCGCCGAUGUUGUAGCCGCCAUCAGCUCAGACGACUUCACCAGCAAGGCGCUGCCAGACUCCCACGUCAAAGCUGCCGUCAUUGCUGGUAUCCCGGUCUUGGCCAUCAGGCUGUCGUUUGUGGGCGAGCAGGGCUGGGAGAUCUAUACGAGUGCUGAAAAUGGUCAACAACUAUGGGAUGCUCUUUGGCAAGCCGGACAGUCUCACGGAGUCAUCGCCGCCGGACGGAGUGCAUUCAACGCAUUGAGGCUUGAGGCAGGGUUCCGGAGUUACGGCUCUGAUGUCACGACGGAGAACAACCCCUUCGAGGCAGGUCUCGCGUUCGCCGUCGACUUGAACAAGAAAGGCUUUGUUGGUGAGGCUGCAGUCAAGACGCUCUCGCAAACAACACCGUCGCGGCGACUUCGCUGCCUCACCGUUGAUGAUGGCAAGUCUGUUGUUCUUGGCAAGGAGCCAGUAUUCUUGGACGGCAAGACCGUCGGAUAUGUUACCAAUGCCGCAUUCGGAUACACCAUUGGCAAACCGAUUGCUUACAGCUACCUCCCCAGCAUAGUGAAGGACGGGGAUGGAGUCGAGAUCGAGUACUUUGGAAGACGUAUCAAGGCCACUGUCACGGCCGAGCCUUUGUAUCAGUUGGCUUCGGGUGCAAACGAUGGAUCGAACGUAGCGAUAAGAUCGCGCUUGUAA